AAAUAUAAAGCCUUGCAUCUACCUGAAAUUACUACACUUAAUUUGCAUCCAUCAUGUUGAAAUUGGGCGUGAUUCUCGCAUUGCUGGUCGACAGCUUAGUCGGCCAGCCUACUCUGCGCGGAAACGAGCUCGGUGGAAGAAUAGUAAACGGCACUGAAGCAGAUAUAAGAACAAUUCCAUAUGUGGUCUCCCUGCACUUCAAGUGGCCCGCCAAGGCGCUGCUGUGCGGCGGUUCCAUAAUCGCGGAGAGCUGGGUGCUGUCGGCGGCGCACUGCACGCGGGGGGUGAAUGCACAAAGUCUUUUUGUACGUGCUGGAACAGCGAAGGAAGUGAUCGGAGGAAGAAUACACUACGUCAGCAAAAUCGUAAACCAUCCUGAUUUCGAUGAAAGUGUAAACCCCAGUAAUGACAUCUCUUUGCUCAAGGUGGCGAAGCCUUUCCAGUACACGCCCAAGAUCCAGCCAGUGAGCCUGGCCCCGGCGGGCUCCAUGCUGGCUGAAGGGACGAUGCUGACGGUGGCCGGCUGGGGCGCCACUGCGGAAGGAGGGGAUAUUUCUCCGACGCUGCUGGAGGCCAGCGUGCCAGCAGUGUCCAAUAGGGUGUGCGCGAGGGCCUAUGCACAAUUGCCCAUCUCCGACAGCAUGCUGUGCGCCGGAUACAGGAGCGGCGGCAUGGACGCCUGCCAGGGCGACUCGGGCGGCCCGCUGGUGCACGGCAACGUGCAGGUGGGAGUGGUGUCAUGGGGCGCGGGCUGCGCCAGGCCGGGGCUGCCCGGGGUCUACACCCGGAUCAGCGCCUUCCGCGCCUGGGUCAGGGAGACCGCCGGGGUGUAGCGCCUGCUCCUGUCCAGCUUCACCACCUACACUGUGUAUCACGCUUCAAUAAAUCAACUAACUAAUU